AUGUCUUCCGAGAACAUCACUGACAUUGGGUUUCUCUCUGGCGGCUAUGAGCGCUUGCGCGCUGCUGUUGAUCGUCUUACAAAGCAGGACGGCGCCGACAAUGCCGUCCCUACACUGCCGUCGUCAGCACGGGUUCAGGCAGCACUUGCGGCCAUACCCAGGCCAGGCCAGUCUGAUUACCUCCAGCCACGCGGCGCCCGCGUGGCCCAUGACCACAUCCUCGACACCAUCAUCCCUGCGCUCAAUGGCCAAAACUUAAGCGGUCGUUAUUAUGGAUUUGUCACUGGCAGCGUGCUCCCCAUAGCCGAGGCCGCCGACAACAUCGUCACCGCGUUGGACCAGAAUCUACAUGCGCAUCUACCGGCGCAGACAGUUAGUACGGCUGUUGAGGCAGCCGCGCUGCAGAUGCUUGCGAACGUUUUCGGACUGGACGAUGGCGACUGGACAGGUCGUAUAUUCACCACCGGCGCAACGGCAAGCAACGUGCUCGGACUGGCCAUGGGCCGAGAGGCAGUUAUAAACACAAGACUGCGACAGCGGCGUAGGUUGUCUGGAAAGGGUGUUGACAGUUCCACGGCCUCACCCGUUUCCGUGGCCGACCUGGGCCUCCUCAAGGCGUGCCAAGAGGCAGGCGUGUCCGACAUCCGCAUCCUCACAAGCUUGGGUCACAGUUCGUUAUAUAAAGCCGCGAGCAUCGUUGGGCUGGGCCGUGCCGCCAUUAUAGACUUGCCGUACAGUGAGGCUGAACCGUGGCGUCUCAAUAUUUCUGCUGUCGAGCAGACACUCGCAGACGCGUCCCAAUCCGCGGGUGGUGAAAGGCAAACCGACUCCUCUGUGGCAUACAUCAUCAGCAUUAGUGCCGGUGAGAUUAACACUGGUCGGUUUGCAACGACAGGGCUGGAGGAUAUGCAACGACUACGGGCACUUGCCGACAAAUACGGCGCAUGGAUUCAUGUUGACGCGGCCUUUGGAUUGUUUACAAGAGCUUUGCCCUCUACACUUGAGUUUGCUCGCAUUAGACAAUACACGGAUGGCCUGGAGCUGGCUGACAGUAUCACGUCGGAUGGCCACAAGCUCUUGAACGUUAACACCAACGCCUCUUAUCUGACCGGAGGAGCGAUCGGUCAGCUACCCGACCGCGACGGUCCAUUUGUUCCCAGCCCAAUGAACAUGGGUAUUGAAAAUUCUCGCCGUUUCCGUGCGUUACCUGUUUAUGCCGUUUUGCUCAGUGAGGGUCGAGAGGGGCUCGCUGCGAUGCUGGCCCGCAUGGUGCGUUCGGCCCGUGGCGUUCGGCAGAUAUUGCAUAGGUUGCCAGAGUAUGAGGUAUUUGGAGAUGAGGAUGCAUCACGCAAGGAUGGCGAUCUAGUUGACGACACACACAUAGGUGUGCUGUUUUGGGCCAAAGACGAAUCCCUGAACGCUAAUCUGGCCGAGCGCAUCAACGCUUCCCGUCAAAUGUACGUCAGCCCAACGGCAUGGCGCGGCCGGCCAGCCUGCCGUAUCGCCGUGAGCAGCUGGCGGGUGGCCGAGGGAGACCUGCAAGUUGUCGAAGUAGUUUUGAGGAAAGCAGUCGCGAUAGGAGAUUCGUAA